AUGUCACAAGAGGAUUUGGAUUUUACAAAUUCUUCCAGUUGUUUUCUUCCAGAGAAGUACAAGCAGGAGCAGACGGACACUCUUCCGCCUCCAGUGACGUGGUACGAGGCCGAGAGCGGAUAUCCGGAACUUAAAGGAAGCUUCUUUAUUAGAGGAUUCAUACCGCGCCAGUGGAAACCUGAGGUUGAUGAGAUGAUGAGGCUGAAAUACCACAUCAACUCUCAAAGCUCACAAAUAAAAUCUGGGACACUCUUCAGCGGCUACCGAAGGGAGGACAGGUUACCAGUGUUCAUCAAACAGAUGCGUACCAGGUUUAUCCCCUUCACGAUCGUAAGACAAGAAGAGGACCAAGUUGGAAGUCUGGUGCCUCUUGAGGUUGCAGUUAGGAUGAAGCUCAACCAAGGGACCACCACAUGGACACCGAGGGUCCUUGACUGGUAUGAUAUCGGACUCAAAACGUACAUCAUCAUCGAGAGGCCCAAAGACAGCAUCCGUCUGCUGACGUACAUCAGGGAAACCCUGUGCAUAGCCUUUGAACACGAGAGGAAAUGCAAGCACAUUUUCCGUCAGUUGUUGGAUACAGCACUGGAAAUGGAGGCCAAGGGAAUAUUCCACAGAGACAUCACCUCAGCUAACGUGGUGGUCCUGGACACCAAGGAGAUCAAGGUUCAGCUCAGAAACUUUGGGAAGGCAAAAGUCUUUGAACCUGGGCAAAUGUUUAAAGGACCGCUAGGGUCAGUGGAGAGCAGUUCCCCAGAGAGCUUCCGCAGACAGCCGUACUCCCCCAGUGCCGCCACAGUCUGGCAGCUGGGGGUAGUGUUGUACAGUAUGAUGUUCAACCGUCGGCCUCUCAUCACUAAAGAAACCAUUUCCUCCAGCAGGAAAGUUCCAAUCCGCCGCAACGCUUCACCGGAAUGCAGAAACAUCUUGAGGCGCUGCUUGGAAAAAGAUCUCAAAGACCGCAUUAGUCUGGGGGACUUAAAGACCCACCCAUGGCUCCUCGAGUAA